ACCUAAUAAAUGAAACAAUUAAACAUACUUCUUAAUCUGGAGAAUUUCAAACAAAAUAAACCUACGCCAAAUUAGAAAACCCACAUUUAUCCUGUCUGUAACUGGCUAUUAAUGGCGAAUACCGACAAGUCUUCCUCUCACCAACCCAACAAAGAACCAAAGCCCCUUCUCGUAAUUCAUCGCAUACCCGACUACAAUUUCUUCUUCCAUAAUCGAAUCGCUCCAUUUUUCUCUCUCCUUGAUCCCCUCGCCACCUCCAUUGAUACCCUCUCUUUCCUGCGCUCACACGGAGCUGCUGCACGUGCACUCGUCUGUGUGGGGCCCUCUCCAUUGAGGAAGGACAUAUUAGAUUGUUUACCUUCCUUGGAAUGUGUGAUAACUUCCUGUAUUGGAGUUGAUCAUAUCGAUCUUUCCGAGUGUCGCCGCCGAGGGAUAUCUGUUGCUAAUGUUGGUGAAGCUUUCUCUGAUGAUACUGCUGAUUGUGCGGUUGGUUUGUUGCUUGAUGUGCUCCGUAAAGUAUCGUCCGGUAACCGUUUUGCUCGGGCCGGAUCUUGGGUUCAAAUACCCGUAUUUCCUCUUGGUUCUAGACUAAAGGGAAAACGAGUAGGCAUAGUUGGCCUAGGAAGCAUUGGUUCUCGGAUUGCAAGGAGAUUAUUGUCAUUUGGUUGUGACAUUGCAUACAUCGCUACGAAGAAAAAACCUUCUAUUUCAUUUCCAUACUAUGCCAAUAUACACGACUUAGCAGUCGAUAGCGACAUUCUCAUUGUCUGCUGUUCGUUAACAAAGAAAACACACCACAUGAUCAACAAGGAUGUGUUGAGUGCAUUAGGAAACGAAGGAGUUAUCAUCAAUGUUGGGCGAGGGGCUCUAAUCGAUGAGGAAGAACUGGUUCGGUUUUUGGUGGAAGGAAAAAUUAAAGGAGCUGGUCUUGAUGUGUUUAAAAAUGAGCCUAAUGUUCCUAAAGAACUGUUUGGUUUAGAGUGUGUGGUUUUGUCCCCUCACCAUUCUGUUUGGACUAAUGAAUCCUUUAAAGCUGCUGAAGAUACUGUGGUUGCCAACUUAGAAGCCUUCUUUUUAAACAAGCCUUUGAUAACUCCUAUUAAAUGGGAGUAGAUUUACAAAAUUUGUUCAUUUUAUUUGAUUGUUGUAUCAGUUUAUACUGGAACAAUGAUAAAAUUAGAUGGUUUUGGU